AUGAUGAAGGAAUCGAAAUCUAUCACUCAACAUGAGGUUGAGAGAGAAUCUGUUUCUUCCAAGCGUGCCAUUAAAAAGAGAUUACUUCUGUUUAAAAUAGACUUGUUUGUGCUAUCAUUUGUUUGCUUGCAAUACUGGAUUAAUUAUGUCGACCGUGUCGGUUUCACCAAUGCAUAUAUAUCCGGUAUGAAGGAAGAUCUUAAGAUGGUCGGAAACGAUUUGACCGUGUCUAACACAGUUUUCAUGAUUGGUUACAUUGUAGGUAUGGUCCCCAAUAAUUUAAUGUUAUUGUGUGUUCCGCCCAGGAUAUGGCUAAGUUUUUGUACGUUUGCUUGGGGUUUAUUGACCUUGGGAAUGUACAAAGUUACAUCGUUCAAACAUAUUUGCGCAAUUAGAUUCUUUCAAGCCUUAUUUGAGAGUUGCACAUUUUCAGGAACACAUUUUGUUUUGGGUUCGUGGUAUAAAGAAGACGAAUUGCCCAUUAGAAGUGCUAUUUUUACAGGUAGCGGUUUGGUGGGAUCUAUGUUCAGUGGAUUUAUGCAAACAAGUAUCUUUACUCAUUUGAAUGGGCGGAAUGGCUUGGCGGGUUGGAGAUGGUUAUUCAUUAUUGAUUUUUGUAUCACAUUACCCAUUGCAAUUUAUGGGUUUAUUUUCUUCCCCGGCCUUCCUGAUCAAACAAGUGCUGUUAGCAAAUUUUCUAUGACGAGAUACAUUUUUAAUGAACAAGAGCUACAUUAUGCUAGGAGAAGGCUCCCCGCUAGGGACGAAAGCACCCGGUUAGACUGGUCGACUAUUCCUAGAGUCUUAAAAAGGUGGCACUGGUGGAUGUUCUCUCUUGUUUGGGUUCUGGGAGGUGAGAACUUGGGUUUCGCAUCUAAUUCUACAUUUGCAUUAUGGUUACAAAACCAAAAAUAUACGUUGGCGCAAAGAAAUAAUUAUCCUUCGGGGAUAUUUGCCGUAGGUAUAGUUUCUACGCUUUGUUCUGCUGUAUAUAUGAGUAAGAUCCCAAGAGCUAGGCAUUGGCAUGUUUCUGUUUUCAUAUCAUUGGUAAUGGUUAUUGUUGCGGUACUAAUACGUGCAGACCCACUAAAUCCAAAAGUCGUCUUUUCUGCACAGUAUCUUGGAGGCGUAGCAUACGCUGGACAAGCGGUUUUUUUUUCGUGGGCAAACAUUAUUUGUCAUGCAGAUCUUCAAGAACGUGCUAUCGUUCUUGCUUCCAUGAAUAUGUUUUCAGGGGCCGUUAACGCAUGGUGGUCUAUAUUAUUCUUUGCUUCAGAUAUGGUGCCCAAGUUUGAGAGAGGUUGCUACGCCCUCUUGGCUACGGCAAUAUCAAGCGGAAUUGUCUCGGUCGUCAUACGCUCACUACAGAUAAAAGAGAAUUUGUCUAAGAAACAGGUUCCUUAUAUAGAUGCUAAUGACAUGCCCGGAGAAGAUGACGAUGACGACAACCAGGAUAAUGAAAAUGAUGGCGACGACGAGAGUAUGGAAGUUGAACUUCAUAAUGAGGAAAUGGCCGAAAUUUCAAAUCCUUUCCGAUAG